ACGCGCGCGCCCUGUGACAGUUAAGUUCUGGGACGCCCCGCGCGAGCCCGAGACGAGCACAGCGAGGCUUCGCGGUGCCGGCGCGGGCGGAGGGGGCGGAGGGGGCGUGAGGACCGCCCUACGGUGGCCGCGGAGGGACGGCGCUACGGCUCCCACGCUGGGCCAAACGCCUCCAGCGGCCGGGCCCGGGCACGCCCUCCCCUCCGGGCCUGCCUAACCGGGGGCGAGUGAGGGGCCGCGCCAGCGCCCGAAGCUCGCAGCAGAAUGCAGCCGCCCUGCUCUCGGAGCUUCGGGCGACAAGGGCGCCUGCAGGCCCAGUAUCCAACACCGCCGGCCUGCCGCCUGGUCCGGGACGCCGGCGCCGCCGCGGAGAAGGCACCGGGCCAACGCCUCUUUGGAGGCUCAGCUGAGGUCUGGGAGGCCUAGGUGCCCAUGAUACCUAUGCUGACUGCCGCCUGGACACUGCACCACCACUGCGAGCUAGCACCUCCGCCGCCGCCGCCGCCUCCAGGGCCCAAUGCCGGUCAUGCCCAUCCCACGUCGGGUGCGCUCCUUCCACGGCCCGCACACCACCUGCCUGCACGCAGCCUGCGGGCCCGUGCGGGCCUCCCACCUGGCACGCACCAAGUACAACAACUUCGACGUGUACGUCAAGACGCGCUGGCUUUACGGCUUCAUCCGCUUUCUGCUCUACUUCAGCUGCAGCCUCUUCACCGCGGCGCUAUGGGGCGCGCUGGCCGCGCUCUUCUGCCUGCAGUACUUGGGUGUGCGUGUGCUGCUGCGCUUCCAGCGCAAGCUGUCGGUGCUGCUGCUGCUGCUGGGCCGCCGGCGCGUGGACUUCCGCCUCAUGAACGAGCUGCUGAUCUAUGGCAUCCACGUGACCAUGCUGCUGGUUGGGGGCCUGGGCUGGUGCUUUAUGGUCUUUGUGGACAUGUGAGGGCAUGGCUCUCCACCCGACUUUCUUGAUUGUGCCCUGCGGCGGGUUCUUUUCUUGAUGGGGUGGGCGGGUCAGGGCAUUGCGCACCCUGUCCUGUAGGCAACCACUGCAGAACGUGCUCCCCUUGGGAGAGAAAAGGGCUGAGACUCCUCUGUGAUGGGAACGCCACUGCCCCUCUGGCUGGCUUCUGUGCUCCCCGCUGGCUUUCAGGUGGAGCCCCGUCAGCUCCACCUGUGGUCUGCUCACACUCUUUGAGAUUGUCCUGUGGGGUGGCCGUCUGUCCAUUCUGCACUUUGAGAUCCUUUGUAACACAUACCCUGCAGUUUGGUCCCACCAGUGGUUGGGAGACCCCAGACACAGGGGUGUACUGCUCAGGAGCAGAUCUGGACAGGGUGCCCCUGGCUGCUCAGCCCCCUUCCUGCACGCCCUCAGCCCAGGCCAACCUUGGUUGGGGUUGGACUCGUGGCAGACACUGCUCUGCCACACAACUGCCCACUCCAUCGCACCUGCCUGACUCUGGCUCAGACUGCCUGCUGCCUGUCACCCUGCGGGGCAGUCCGGUGGAGUGCAGACGGCCUUGUCUGGUCCCUAGUGCAGGAGCCGGGGCAGCAGAAGCACCGGCUGGCUCUCCCUCCACCCAGCCAGGCCUGCUGAGCAUCCCCCGGUGCUGCAUGCUGCUGUGAACGUGUGGGCGCCUGGGGCGUCGGCUCCUCUUCUGGCUUUUGGGUGCUUUGGGCCUCUGUUUUCUUCUGAGGCGACACUCAGCAUUGAGGUCUACCUUUCUGAGCAGAUGUCGGGUAUUGCCCAGGCCCACCACAGGGAACCUCCCGCCACCGCUCUCCUUGCCCUGCUGUGGCUGUUAAAGCAUCCAGGUGUGAGACACAGAGUAACUGAGGGACAGGCAGGGUGUCCUCAGAGCAGGGAGCACCCAGGCCCCCUUGUGCUCUGGCUUUCUUUGUGGAAGGGACUCCGGGCAGUUACGCCAGGUGCAGGACACUGGCCUGACCCUGAGGAUUGUUACUUGGUCAAUUCUUGCUUCCCCCAAAUUGUCCACCCUUCCUGAGUUGGAUGAUGGCCCCUUUGACCUUGCCCUGCCAGACAGACCAGUGGCCAGGGAAUCUGUGAGGACGGUUGCGUGCCCUUGAAGGGAAACAGAAACCCAGAGCAGUUAGGGGAAGCAGAAGCACCUGGCUGCGGACUGUUCUUGGGUUGGUAGCCAGCUUCGGCUUGCUGCUCUUGCAGAGGGAGGGCUCCAGAGGGCGUCUGUCUGAGCCAGGAGGGGCAGGUGAGGCGCUUCCCGGGAGACCCUGCUUCUCUCCUGCUGCAGAGAAUCUAUGCACUAGGUCAUGCGCUUUCCUUAAGCCGCUUUGUUUACGCUGACUCCUGCCACAGAACCGGCAGAGCCCCUCCAUGGGUGAUGGAGGAGGUGGGCGCUCCAGAGAGCAGUGGGAGGGGCUGGCUGUGCCGCCGUGGAUGUGAGCACCAGUCCCAGGGGCGGCAGGACUGCCACAUGCUGCACCCAGCUGCCCAGGGUCCCGAGUGCCUGUUAAAUUCUUAAUGAAAUGAACCACCUGCAUUAAACCUAUUUUUUUAACA